AUGCCAAAACUAAAGAAACAUCGUAUUAAUAAGGAUCGUUCAAAAGCUAUUCAUACUGAUACUAAAACUAGAAAUUUAGUUGAAUGCAAAUAUACAUUACAUUGUUAUGGUAGUAGAUGGCGUUAUUCUUCAACCACAAGAAGCAUUAAAAAUAAUUCUGUUGUAACUGAAACAGUAUCAGCUUUAAAAAGAAAAAAAGUAAUUAAACCAGUUGAACAAAAUCACAGUUCAUAUGAAGUUAUACCUAAUGAUGAUGAACUAACUCCAACCAUUCUAACGGAUCAAAAUUUAAUCAAUGUAUUAAAUAAACGAAAACAUUAUGUGAUAAAAUAUAAUAUUCUUGAUCAUGAUGAUCCAGAAAUUGUUUCAGAUCUAUCAGACGAUAGAGAAAAUUAUGAAAUUCUGAUUAAUGAUGAAGAGUCUUUUAUAGAGGAAGAUGAUCAUGCUUUGAGUGAAAACAGUGAAGAUGAUAUUCUGUUUGAGCAAUUUACUGCUCCUGAUUUUGAUGAUUUUGAUUCUAAUUUAGAACAUAGAUAUUUUAAUACGAACAUUAAUUUCGAUGAUUCAUGGAUAGUGUUAUAG